AUGUAUAAUAUAUUCAGGAUCGCGCCACCUCUUCCGCACUUUGGCACACCCGCUGGGACGCCACCACCCACAUCACCAAGCUCGCCAGCCGGUCGGAGUCAUCCCACCUGGUCGCCUUCUCUGACCAGACCCGUGGCGCCGUCACCAGCCCCCACACCUACUCCGGGCCCGAACACCCCCGCCGACGCCAUCGCCGCCAUCGCAGCCAUCGCCGCCAUCGCCAACAACCAGCGGAGGGAAAUGCCUCCCAGAAACCUCACCGCCGGCGCCGGUCGCCGACCCAUCUCCGCUCCGGCGGACGCCACAACCCAGCGCCCCCGGGAACGCCGCAGCCGACACCUCCGCCAGCGGCCCGAGCAAGGACCCAUCCAACCGCACCCGCCGGCGCUGCCGUGGGCGGGACAGCCGCAGCCCAUACAGCCGAUGGGGCCGACCGCCUUCGAGCUGGCGCGGCCGGAGUGGUUCGGUCCCCAGGGUGCACAACUGCAGGCGGCGCUGGCCUACCACCGGCAGGUGUAUGCGCCGCUCGGGGUGACCGACUUCGCGCCCGUGCUGGAGCCGCUCGGGUGGACGCAGCGCGUGGACCGCCGGGGCGAGGUCUGGUGGGAGCCGCCGCGGCCGCCGCCGCGGCAGGAGGAACAGCAGCCGAUCCACGCCGGGAUGGAACAGCAGGGAGGUCACCUCGGGCAUGGGCAGUGGCACCAGGAACAGCAGCAGGGAAGCUUUUGGCCAUGGCAACAGGGGCAGCAGCAGCUGUGGCAGCAGCAGCCGUGGCAGCCGUGGCAGCCUCAGCAACAGUUCGUCUUCAGCGGGCCCGAGUGGGAUGCCGAGCCGGCCGACGAGGCGACUGCCGCAAUCCGCAGCGAGUUUUCCAGGCGCGUGAGGGAGCGGGCCGCCGCCUCCGCCCUUCCUGCGCCUCCUUCGCUCCCCGCGCUGCCGGCCCCCGAACCCAAAGAAGAAGACAAGCCCGAAGACAAGCCGCUGCCGUGGUGGGAAGGCGACGAGGACUGGACGGACGACGAGCUUUACAUUCCCCACCUCUGCUCUCGUCGCCGGACCUGA